AAUUCAAGCAUUGACGCUAGACGUAGCUUUCAAGUAUCUCUUUGAUACUUGAGAUACUUGGAAGAUAUUUGGAAGCUACGUCUAGCGUUAAUGCUUGAAUUAUUUACGCCUAUAUAUAUAUUUUGAAAUCGAGCUCUUUAAAUACAAAGCGUAAGAAAUCACGCUCCAAAACACUCCUUUCAAGCCAAAAUAGUUCGCUCCCGCUUGGUUAAUUCCCCGCCAUUUUGAUUCAAGACGCAGUGUAGUACGGAAAUCAGUCACCGAUAUCAACCAACCAACAAUGGCGCGAAGUGGAUUUUGCCUGAUUUUGGUUCUCGUGUACUUAUCUCAUCUCAUUAAAUUAGACGUUGCUCAGAUAAUUUUGGGGGAUGAGGCUAGCCAGAGCAUCUUUUUUGCUCCCCUGCCCGAGCCCGAGAACGGAAUAUCUAUAUUCAACGGCAGUUUCAGACGGAUCGAGGUAGGAAAUCAGGGAAGCAACAUUGAGCUAAUGGACUAUGAUCCCGUUGACAGGAAGGUGUAUUGGAGAAACAGUGAUGCUGUGGUACGCAUCAGCGUAGACACUACCGAGACACCACCGGUGGUAGAGCCCUACUUAAGAGGAACUAUAAGUUCUUUUAGUAUCGACGCAGUGAGGAGGCACUUCUACUUCACGGAGUCCGAUCCAGCUCGAGAUGGCAAAAUAUAUUAUAGGAUGCAUUUGUACUCUACUGCGCCUAUUCGAAAUCUCCUUCAGUUGCCCACAAAUUAUUUACGUUUAAGGGUCGAAGUUGACAGCAUCACUGGGUUUCUUUACUACACAUCGCCGAUGUCGAAUAUGUUGGGAGUCUAUGACAUAUCUGCAAGAACCACGAAGGUCCUUCAACCCUUUUAUGCACAGGCGUUCGUAUUCGAGACGUGCCUAACUAGUGGCAGUACACCUCCUUCCAGCCGUCUGUAUUACUACAAGGAUUCCGAGGUGUUAGGUUACACAGAUACGCUCAACAAUGAAAUCCGGACCCUCGGAACAAUGCCUGGUCGAUAUCUUUCGAGACUGGACUUGGCGAAAUAUGGAAGCAAGCUCUUCUUUAUACGAAUUACAUCCGGUUCCAAUAAGCUGGUGGAAUACGACACAAUGUCCUCCUCCCUAGAGGUUUAUGAUGACAUCCAGAUUUCUUAUUCUGUCGCCAACAUCUCCAUGAACCAAAGGAUUAACCCAACAUCUAUUCGGAUCAUCAAUGAUAAUUAUACCGAGGCCGUUUCCAUUGUGGAUUGCCCUAUGGACUUCUCUGUACCCAUCGCCAGCAACUCGACAAACGGUACGCAACAGGUCUCCUGGACUGAACCUUCUUUGAACGCUUGGUCCAACUGUGCUACCUUGGAAUUUCUGGGACCAGGAACCAAUGGAGGCAAUUUCAGCGAGGGGGUUUACAACAUCUCCUACGAAGCCAGUGAUUUGAAAGGAGAUACAGAUAUUUGCAACUUCAUGCUGACAGUUGGAGACGUAGCGGAUGACGCUUCUACCACGGAUUCUUCGUCUACCAGUCCACAAUCUGGCACUACGCCGGAAGAAAACCCCCCUUCCGGAGGUGGCGCGAAAGCUUCGUGUACUUUCGUUCACUUGGUCUUUUCAGUUGCACUUCUCAUAACCCUCUUCAACUAGGCCGUUCAUAUCCAUAUAUCGUUCAAUAGAGUCCUUCCUUUCCAUUAUUAUGGACGGUAGGUCACAUACUUCAAAUACUCUGCUCCUUCAAACAUGAUUAGACCCACGCACAUACAACUCGUUGUGUGCGUCUCAAUUGCACGCACGCGCAUCAAAGUCUGCAAUCGACACCGAGCACACCUCGGCAGUCCGUAAGUCUAAAUGUUUUGGUCACACUCAGCCGUACAACAGCCUGCGUCGUCCCCGGACUAUUUGAGGAUUAAUGAAUCAAACGUAAACUUGCAGGGCACGCGAUAUGAACAACCCAUACCUCGGCUUCAUUUCAAACAAUGACUCUACGGUGACAUUUUCAAAUGUUUAUGCGUUCCAGGUAAGAAGUACAUGCAGGAUGUACGACGGUUUUGGCGGAUAUCUCAUGCGCAUCUUUGCGACAAUAUAAACACGUAGCCACAACCAGCGGUUUUUUUUCUUUCUCUUUUUAUUUUUCAUCCUCUUAGUGGAUGGUGCUAAAUUCGUCCUACACCGCGGUGUAUGUAUCCUGCGGGUAGUUUUGUUGAUAACUACUGUGUUGCACGCAUUGAUGCAAUUUUUUUCAUCUUGAACAAAGCAAUAAGAAGAGCUCAAGACAAGUUAGAUUAUGGUUAGCCACCACCUGCACCACUUAGCAUAUACACACAUGUGUGAUCUUACGUUGCACGUACGGGAAAACGUUCUUUAUCAUUAUACAGCCAUGGGUAAGUAGAAACUUUCACUGGCUUAUUUGCAUAUCCCCAGAAACAUAAAAAUAACAAACCGACAAUAACAUAAACAAAAAACUAACUAACUAUUAUUAUAACACCAUCGAUUUACUAAUAUGUCUCAGUUUUAAUCGAUAAGUUUUAUCAAAUGAGUGCGGCGAAAUACUUUGCUAGUACGAAAUGGUACAACGAAAUUAUUUGUGUGAUUGAUUAACUAAUAGGUAGGUCUUAUGUACAUGGAAGGAAGUAUUUAUUAGCUCUUUACACACAAAUUUAAUUUUGGCAGGGAUGUAUUAUCACAUAGUUCGAUUUUUCUAGUUUUAAGCCUUUUUAUGACUAAUGUAUAUAUUGAAUUCAUAUUAAUCAUUAGUUGAAUAUAUUUCUUUACUUUGGAAACAAAAUAAGACAAAAUAUUUACAGUUGUUCUGAGUUUACAUCAUCGCAAAAUAACAUGUAUUGGUGUGGUUACACCUUUCUUCUGAUAUCAAAUUCCCCCAACAUAUCAUAUAUAUAACUAGCCGCUAGAGUCGAGGCCUUUAUCUUCUUGUCUUACGCGCCUAAAUGUAUGAUAAUAUGUACAAUUAAAAGAAAAUCAACCCUUCAUUGUACCAAACAAGUCAUUUGAGAGGAUUUGUGGAUCACAGGAAAUGGCGUGGCUAAAACCACGUAAAUCCAACAGGUUGGUGAAUUUAGUCAGAAUAUCGACCCCAGUUCACAGAAAACUACAUGCUUGUAACUAUUUUUCUUAUUGUAAAAAAGGAUAAUAUAUUUUUAUCUGGUAUCUAUAACUUUAUAUCUUGUGAAAAAAAAAAAAAAUAUAUGUUCAUGAUUUAAAAAUGCAUUUCAUAGUUUGUUAAGGUUUCAUUUAUUAUCGUUAUUGCUUCCAUUAUUACAUCUCUGUUUCAUUAUU